AUAGUUUAGACUGAACUGAGAAAUUCCUAUGCGUUCUGCGACGACCCCCCAACCCAAAAUUGGGGGCGAAACCCAGCAAAUCCAGUCCUCGUCGAUCCGAAUCCCCCGAAAUUCCGGGAUCUCGGAACCCUAAUCCAUCCCGAAUCCCAUCUCCGUCUCAAUGCUUCCGGCCGGCGAUGGAUCCUCUGCCGCCGUCGCCGCUCUCUCUUUCACCGAUGCGGACGGCGACGACUACUCCGAGGACGGCGACUUCACCGGCGCCCCGUUCCUCGAACCGCCCGAUUCGAGUCUCCCCGACCCCACCUCCUCCUCCGCCACCGCCCUGCUCCCCGCGGGUGGAAGCGGUGGCCAAGCCUCGUCGGGCGGCGAGCGGCGGCCCCUCUUCCAGCGUCUCUGGACGGAGGAGGAUGAGAUCGUCAUCCUCCGCGGGUUCGCGGAGUUCACCGCCGCCCGCGGCACGGCGUUCGCGUCGCACCAGUACGACACGGACCCGUUCUACGAGGACAUGCGCCGCCGCCUCCAGCUCGACUUCUCCAAGAGCCAGCUCGUCGAGAAGCUCCGCCGCCUGAAGCGCAAGUAUCGCAACUGCGUCUCCCGCCUCCGCGGGUCCGGCGCUGCCUUCUCCUUCCGCUCCCCGCACGAGCAGGCCAUUUUCGAGAUCGCGCGCAACAUCUGGCGGCCCACGAAUAAGCACGGCCGGGAUCCCUCGGCCGACUCCGACGACGAAGAGGCUGUGGUUGCCGCUGCGGUGGUCGCUCCCACAGCUGCCCCUGCGAACACCAGUCCCAAUGGGGAAGUCAAGUCCCCCUCAGGGCGGCAGCGCCGCCGUAGACGCUCGGUGGAAUCAGCAGCUCCCACUGCCCCCACCCCUGCCCCUGUCCCUGUCCCUGCCACCAUUUUGGUGCAGCCUCCUCAACAAGUGCAGGUGCCUGUGUCAGUCCCUGUCAAGAUGGAUAACUCGUUACCAGCACUGCCCCAGGCUCCAAUGCCUGUGACAGUGACCAUGGAUGGCUCAGAGCCUCUCAGAUUUCCGGUCAUGUCACCUCAGUCAGGAGUUGUCGACGUCGAGAAGAAUUUUCUGACGCCUCUGUUUAAGGAGAUGAUUCAUGCUGUGGUAAAUAUUGGAUCCAAUCCGUUUGGGGUGAAACUGCCUGAGCUGCCGAACGGGUUGCCUAUGGAAGGGGAGAAAUGGAGAAAUCAACGAAUUCUGGAGCUGGAGGUGUACUUGAAGCGGAUCGAACUGCUGCAGGACCAGGUGAAGGCAACGCUUGAGGAGCUCAAGUCCUCCACACCUAGGACUUGAGAUUUUUUAAGUUAGGAACUGAUACCGUGUCUCUCAUUAUAGGAUUCUCUACAAUUCUGAGGGUAGAUGUUCAGUUUUUUUUCUUCACAUUUUCUCGUGCAUAAAAGAUCAUUGUUAACAGUGUUGGGACUUGGAAACUAGUUUAUUCAUGGUUCUAAUUGUUCA